GAGUGGAGUCAGCUGUGGCAAAACCCUCCAGCGCUUUCCUGAAAAUGACUGGGAUGACUGCCCAUAUACCCAAGGGGUAGAAUUGUUUUGUCAGCCAGCAGGAUGGCAGUUAUCAACACAAAGAUUGCAGCCCACAUUUUUUGCAGCUGUGUUGACAGACAUUGAUGCUGACAGACAUUAUUGUGCAUGCAUGACAUUCAAUGAAGCAGUUGCCAUGACACCCACCAAACCAGAUGAUGAAGAGGAAGAACAAGAUGGUUCAGGCUUGGUGCAUCAUUCACUGAUGUUUGCUCCUAAAACCAUCCUGCUUGUUUCUCGAAUGAAUAACUUUGAGGCUUUAAAGAACUGUCUUGGCAUCAUAUAUACUGUGUUUAUUGAAAAUUUACAAUAUAGUUUGGAAACUAUAAUUGGCAAUAUUUUGGGCUGUGUGCAUGUUCCGCCUUCUGGUGGUCCUCAGGUCCGUUUCUCGAUUGGUGGUGGUGACCGACAAGCUUUGCAACCUCCACUAAGUAAUACUAUUCCUGUCACAAAUUCAUCAGUUGCAUUGCUUUUCAGCCAAUUCGGUAAGCUUUAUCAUUAUUAUUAUUAG